AUGUUGGCUGCAAUAAAACUUUAUUUUCAGUCAGAACACCAGGUCAUAUUACCUGAUGAUGCUAUUACAUUAGUCCCUUUAGAAGGGGAAGGCAAAGUAGAAGAUCGAGUGAAUCAUUUAUAUAGUCAAUUGUUGGAUAAUUCUGAAUGGUUAGAGGCUGUCUCAUCUGCAGACGUCAUAAUGUGGGCUACUCAUUCACAAGGUACACCUGUAUCACUCAUGUUAUUGCAUCGUUUGCUAGAAAGAGGUCAUGUUCAUCUUAUUCGACAAUCCAUCACUGUUUUAGCUAUGGCAGGCAUUUCUCAAGGUCCUUUUCCUGCUUUAAAAGGAAAUUUAUAUUUUGAGGCAGAUGCUGCUCGUGAAUUAUUCGAGUUUAUGGAUUCAGAAAGCCCUAUUUCAAUUAAAUAUCGACAGUCUGUAGACUACGUAUUAAAAAAUGGAGUUAAAGUUGUCUUGACUGGCUCAAUGCAGGAUCAAGUCGUACCACUUCAUUCAGCUCUCAUGUCCUCCGUCCAGCAUCCUUCUCUCUUACGAACGCUUUAUAUUGAUCAUCAUCUUUAUUCUACAUCUGAUAAUGAGUUUUUGAUUCGGUUGAUUGUUUUUGCUUUACGGUUACGUAAUAUGGAUUUAUCUGAUCAUGAUCUCUUGGUCUAUUUAAGUGAUAUACUUGCAGGAAGUUUAUAUGUUCUCGAAGGAGGACAUUCCACCAUUUACGAAGAGAUAGGUGUUUAUUUAACUGCUGUUCAAUAUACAUUUGGAACUGCGCCUUUUGGAAAUCGUAUACGAUCUGUACAUUCUUCUCCAAGAACAACAGGACCUGAAUCAUCCAUUCUCCUAGAACCCACCCUAAUACCCUUUACUGCUAAACAGCAAUUGAAUCCAUUUUAUUUACCUUGGGCUUUGCAUGCUAUUUGUCAUGAUUCAAAUAUAUUAGAAAAUACGUCUCUUAAAGAAGACUUGUCUACCAUGUUGACUUUAUUUAAGAAAUGGGAGCCCACCAGUACUCGUUUAAAAGAGCUUAAAUUUAGACUAGAUCCUUUUAGAACAUUUAAACUAUGA